AUGGCCAACAAGGACAAAGAUAUGCCAGAAUUAAAUGAUUCUGGAAGUCCAGAAUUGGCCUCUUUGAAACAACAAAGGGCCACAAUGAAAAGAAACAUUACUUGUUUAGAAAAGAAAAUCGAUAAGGAUGGAGAUACUGCUGAUACAACAAUUUUGCAAUGUCGGCUCGAAAUUUUAGAGUCCUACUUCAAACAGAUUUCCCAUAUUCAAGGGCAAAUUGAAAAAAUAAGUCCUUCCGAUGUCACUAGGAGUGACUUAGAAGAAAUAUAUAUUGCAGCCAAGGCAAAAUUGUUGUCCAUCUUAAACAAAACUCGUAGUUCGACUUCAAUGGAACAAAGUUUCUUCAACACUUCGAUCGGACUUUCCAAUCAAACUCGUUUGCCCUCGUUAAAAUUGCCUCGCUUCGAUGGAAAGUACGCAGAUUAUAAACGAUUUAUCACUACUUUCAAUAAUAUGGUUCAUGAUAAUUCGUCAAUUACGCCAGUAGAUAAAUUCAAUUAUCUGUUAAAUUGUCUUUCUGGUCCAGCCCUAUCAGUUGUGGAACCUUUCCAAGUGACUGAUGAGAAUUACCCGAAGGCCCUUGAUAGGUUGAGGGAGCGGUACGACAACAAAGUACUAAUUUUCUUGGAACACAUUACAACACUUUUCAACAUUCCUGAAAUGUCCAAAGGCGACAGUGUUUCAUUACGUUAUAUCAUAGAUACCGUUUCUGCAAUUCGUGGUUCACUAUUAUCGCUUGGAUCGGAAUUAGACAUUAUGAAUGCUAUUAUAAUUCAUAUUGUUUUAUCGAAGCUGGAUGAUAGUUCUAAACAGAAUUACGAUGAAAAACUAGAUUUUAGAUCAUUGCCCUCAUGGGACACCUGUUAUGACAUCUUGAGUCAUCGAUGUCAAUUUUUGGAAAGUCAUGGAAAGAAAAGUGAACAAAAAAGUAGUUCUACUGGCACAAAGCCAAAAUCAAACUUUUCUCGUAAUGCAAAUACUUUUCUUAGUUCGAAUACAAACACAACUUGUUCGUAUUGUAACAGCUCUGGUCAUCAUCUCGCCAUCUGUUCAUCAUUUUUGUCGCUCGUAGUUUCGGAACGUUUUAAUUUCGUAAAACGUAAUGGGCAUUGCAUAAACUGCCUUCGAAAGGGUCAUUUAGUUUCGAAAUGUCCUUCUAGUAGUCGUUGUAGGGUUUGUCAGUCCGCUCAUCAUACUUCGUUACAUAUUUUCGUUCAACCGGAAUCAGCACCAGUUAAUCCAGCUCCUCCUGAAACAUCUACAAAUAAUGCAACAUCGUUAGUAGCUCGUUCGUUCAAAAGAGCCAUAAUACCAACUGCGGUGGUUCUUAUCAAAGAUAGUUUCGGUUGUUAUCAACCUGUAAGAGUUCUUCUGGAUUCCUGUUCUGAAAUUAACUUCAUUACAGAAGAAACUGCCAAGAAACUUAAACUACGUUUUCUACCAAAUUGUCAAGAUGUUUCUGGAAUAAGUGAAAUUCAAACAAAAAUAAGAUAUUCUGUCGCUGCUACCAUAAAAUCCCGAAUUGGCUCAUUUCAGUGGUCAUCAACAUUUGCUGUAACGAAAUCUAUAUCAGCCCAACAGCCUGGUGAAAAAAUAGAUACAACAAGGUUCACAAUUCCAGAAACCAUACAACUCGCAGACCCGCUUUUCUAUAAGCCCCAACGCAUUGAUUUGUUAAUUAGUACGGAAAUAUUUUUCGAUUUGUUGCUCGAAGGACGCAUUUCGUUAGGACAUGGCAUGCCUUGCCUUGUUAAUACAGUUUUUGGAUGGAUUGUCGGUGGAAAAUUCAACGAUCAAAAAAAUCCCUCGACCCUUACAUGUAAUUUGGCCCUAGAUUCUUCAACUUCAAUUCUUGAUAACACAUUGAGAAAAUUUUGGGAAGUUGAGGAAUAUGUAAGUGGUCCUCAAACAUUUACCAAUGAGGAACAAGCGUGUGAGAAACAUUUCACCGAAAAUGUCCAAAUUAACUCGGACCGAAGAAUUCAAGUUCGGUUACCAUUUAAACAAAAUCCUAAUUGUUUAGGUGAGUCUUUCGAAAUUAGUAAACGAAGAUUUUUGUCGCUCGAACGUAAAUUGGAACGUGAUCCCACUUUAAAAUCUAUGUAUGUCGAUUUUGUGAACGAAUAUUUGGCACUUGGUCAUAUGUCGCUCUAUAAUCGUCCUCUUUCGCAUCCACAUUACAUAAUACCUCAUCAUUGUGUUCUCAAGCCUGAGAGUACAACAACAAAGCUUCGUGUCGUUUUCGAUGGGUCAGCUCGCACAACUUCGAAUCAUUCCUUGAAUGAUAUACUCAUGGUUGGCCCAACUAUACAACAAGAUUUAGUUACCACACUCUUUUCGUUUCGUUUGAAUAGAUUUGCUCUCACUGCAGACAUAUCUAAAAUGUACCGCCAAUUUUUAGUCGAUGAACGUGAUCGUAAAUUUCAAUUGGUUCUUUGGAGAUCCAAUUCAAAAGACAAACUAUGCGUGUUUCAACUAAACACCGUUACGUAUGGGCUCUCAGCAGCACCGUUUUUGGCUAUUCGAAGUUUGUUUUUUAUCGCCGAUCAGCACAGUUCAACUUUUCCCAUUGGUUCAAAGGUACUUCGUGAGGAUUUAUACGUAGAUGAUGUUCUCACUGGCUCUGAUAGUCUCGAAAUCUUAGAACUCAAGAAAUCUGAAAUUAUUAAAAUUCUCAGUAUUCAUGGUCUUCAGCUCGCAAAGUGGAAUAGCAAUUGUCCAGACUUCGUAACCAACAACGACGAAGAAGUUGCCAUUAAAACCACUGAAGAAAAUAUUACAAAAACACUUGGAAUGUCCUGGAAUCCUACUCAGGAUAUAUUUUUGUUUCGCUUUAACUUGCCCGAUGUAAGUAAUCCCACAAAACGUUCAAUUUUAUCGAUAGUAGCAAAAAUUUUCGAUUUGCUUGGUCUCUUGAGCCCUAUUGUAGUUCGUUGUAAAAUGCUGCUCCAAGAGAUGUGGGUCCAGAACAUUGGUUGGGAUGAUCCCCUCAACAAUAGUUUGACAUUGAUGUGGCUCCAAAUUAAAGCAGAUUUGGAACACAUUCAUGAAAUCACAAUACCUCGAUAUGUUUUUACUUCGGAAAACAUACUCGGCGAAAUACAUGGCUUCGCCGACGCUUCGCAACGCGCAUUUGGAUGCUGUAUUUACUAUCGCGUCUUAGAAAAUGGUUCUUAUAAAACUACCUUGUUAAUCGCCAAAUCGAAGGUGGCUCCAAUAAAAGCACAGUCUUUACCUCGUCUCGAACUAUGCGCGUGCGUAUUACUUAGUAGAACUUGGUCAAAAAUAAAACCAAAAAUCGGAAAAUUUGUAUCUUCUAUAUUCUUUUGGACGGAUUCUAAAAUUGUUUUGCAAUGGCUCAAGAUACAUUCAUCAACCCUUAAUUGUUUUGUAGCAAAUCGUGUCUCAGAGUUACAAGAACAAGCUCAAGACGUUAUAUGGCGGCAUGUGCCAUCAAAAAGUAAUCCAGCCGAUAUUGUGUCUCGUGGUUGUAGCGCUACAGACUUGCCUAGUACAAUUUGGUUUAAUGGUCCCAAAUUUAUUUUCGAAGAUGUUAGUAACUGGCCCGCAAACAUAACUGAUGAAUCCGAUGAAAUUUUGGAAAGAAGAAAAACGGCUCUUAAAUGCACUACAAAUGACAUCACCGAGUCCGUCAUAGAUGAAAUUAUAGAUAAGCAUUCGUCAUACUAUAAAAUUCUUCGGAUACUUACAUACAUUUUUCGAAUUUGUAAUAGGUGCAAGGUAGACCCUUUGUUGAAAGCCAAUAACAUCAUUCAUCUCCCACCCCAGGAGUUGGAGAACACAUUUUGGAAAUUAGUAGCACAUAUACAAAGUAAAAACUUCGUCGUGGAGUUAAACGCCAUUUUAAACAAUAAUUUGGUACAACCGUCCUUGCAAAAACUGGCUCCAUUUGUACAUCAAAUGGAAACUGACAACAAAACUAUUAAUUUGAUUCGAGUGGGUGGAAGAUUAUCGAAAGCUCCAAUCCCAUAUGAUGCUCGCUUUCCCGCUUUAUUGCCGAAAAAUCAUCGCUUUGUAAAGCUAUACAUUGAGCAUUUACAUCGUCUUCACUUACAUGCUGGUCCCAAAGUAUUGCUUGGAAUACUUCGUCAAAAAAAUAUGGAUAAUUAA